UUUAGCAUUUCAAAACAAGCACACCUAGUUUUCAAUCAGAGUAAUUGGACAGGUCGCUGCGCGCGGGCGGGUUUAACCAAACUCCAGAGGCGAGUUAGUCACCGUCAACAAGAAGAUGGUAAAGUUUUACUAAUUAUCGGUUAAAAACGUACGAUAGACGAUUUUUUAAAAGCUAUACGCCCAGUUUGUCGUUAUAUCUGUAUUCGGGCAGGAGUUUUAGCAAUGACCGCCAUCACUCAAAAGCGAGCUUUGGCGCAUGUUUUUGCGGAGGACUCUGAUGAUGAGCGAACAUUUUACGGCUUUUCUGACAGUGAAAUCAGCGACCACCGAGAUAAGAGUCCAAUGUUGGAAGAUGAAUCCCAGCUUGACCUUUCCCCCAAGAAUCAAAAAGCCAAGUCUAAACCCUCUUCUGGUGCCCAAACCUUCAGGCUGAGGGUGGCUCUCCGCUCCGCUUCCUCUACCCAGAAGUCCACUGAUGAUGAUGAUGAAGAAGAGGAGAAGGAAGCAGAGGAGGAAGCUAAGAGAACAAAAAAGAGAGGGGUGAAGAGGGCAGGAAAUACCAGCCAGGCGAAGAAGAGAAGACAUGUUAAAUUUGAAGAUGAAGAGACACCAGUGGGUCAGCCGUCUCCUUCUAAAAAGAAAGGAUCCGAUUCAGGAGAUGAUGUAUCUGAUUCUUUCCUGGCCAAGAGAGAACAGAACAUCAAGGCCAACAAAGCAAUGUUGGCUCAGCUGAUGGCGGACCUGCACAAGAUGCCAGGAGGAGUGGGGAUUCUGAAAAAACAAGCAGACAAACAGAAGAAAAAAGAGAAAAGUUCUCGUCCACCACGCUCUGGUGCAGCUGGAGGAGAGUCCAGGAGGAACCCAGAGCGUGCGUCACGCAGGCUGACACGCUCUAUGGGGGGAGUCGAGGAGCUUUCAACCCCGAAGGAGGAAGAGCUGGAGUACAACCUGGAGGAGGAGCUGCUGGAGGUACGUCGAGCCCCGCGCCGUUAUACCCCGCGGCCUUCUAAGUGCAAACCUCAUUUAAUCCGUCCUGUGGAGGACAUCACAGAGGACGAGAUCCAGCUGGUGGCAGACAACAUGACAGAGAAAGUCUACAACAGCGAAACUGGCUCCACUUGUCAUCAGUGCCGUCAGAAAACUGUUGACACCAAGACUUGCUGCCGCAGCGAGGAGUGUCGUGGGAUUCAGGGUCAGUUCUGCGGGCCGUGUCUCAGGAACAGAUACGGAGAGGAUGUCAGGAAGGCGCUGGUUGAUCCGGAGUGGAGGUGUCCUCCCUGUCGUGGCAUUUGCAACUGCAGCUUCUGCCGCCAGCGUGACGGCCGCUGUCCGACCGGCAUCCUGUUCCCCCUGGCUCAGUACCACGGCUUCACCGACGUCCACUCUUACCUCAGCAGCCUCCGUAACAAACUGAAAAAUGAGGACGAUGUAGAGAUGUGAUUUCAACACUAGGUGGAGCAACUGUUCAAGCUGUUCUAUUCUUUCCUUUAAUCCAAGUUUUUAUUCUAGGUUUUAAUCAUAGUUGAAUACACAAUCUGUGAUUUUAACUGUAUAAAGUAUAAUGUGACCAGUUUGUUGUUGUGGUUUUAAAUGGAUUGAAUUUUCGAUCAGAUUGCUGUUUUUUCCAUUUUAAAUGAAUAAACUUAUUUUUGUUCAGCU